UUGAAGUACAGCUCCUGUUUGUUGCUCUCCUCAAAACCCUGUUUUGAAAUGGGCACAAGCUGUCCAGUUAUCUAAACGUAGCUAUCUGAAAGCUUAUAAGGAAAGGUACCUAAGGGAGAAGCAAACUCCCAGCCUGUGCUGAAGCUCAUUCCCAGAGGGCUUUGUUUCCACAGCUCCGAAGCCUGGACAGAGUGCAGCAGCGGCUCCCAGGACUCCUCGGGAAAGCAGAGGACAGGCAGACUGCUCCAACCCUUGGCAGCCAUGACCAAGACAACCACUUGUAUAUAUCACUUCCUUGUUUUGAACUGGUACAUCUUCCUCAAUUAUUACGUCCCAAACAUUGGGAAGGAUGAUGAGAAGUUAAAGGAAUUCCACGACGGUGGUGUACAUUCAAAGUACUUGACAAUCCUUAAUCUGCUCUUGCAGACCAUUUUCUUUGGGGUCGCCUGCCUGGAUGAUGUGCUGAAAAGAGUCAAAGGAAGAAAAGACAUCAAGUUCAUCACGUCCUUCAGAGAUCUCCUCUUUACCACGUUGGCUUUUCCUAUCUCCACAUUUGUGUUUUUGGUAUUCUGGGCCCUCUUUUUCUACGAUCGGAAUCUGGUUUAUCCCAAAGGCCUUGAUGAAUUCUUUCCAGCAUGGACUAAUCACGCAAUGCAUACCACCAUAUUGCCCUUAUUACUGGUUGAAACCAUUCUCAGACCACACCACUACCCGUCGAAGAAGCUAGGACUUUCCUUGCUGUCUGCUUGUAAUUUUGCCUACAUUAUCAGGAUCCUGUGGCGCUACGCUCAAACUGGAAACUGGGUGUACCCAGUGUUUGCUUUCCUCAGUCCACUGGGUAUCAUCAUCUUCUUCUCUGCCAGUGCCAUCCUGAGCGUCAGCAUCUACCUGCUUGGAGAAAAGAUCAACCAGUGGACAUGGGGUGCCACAGUGAAGCCAGGGAUGAAGAAGGAGUGAUUACACACCAUUUUCCAAGAGCCAUGGAAGAAGGAGCAUAGACCUGGUUAUCUUUCUAUUAUUCUCAUUAUUAUUUCUUUGUUUCAGUGGUGGGAUAGCAUGGGGGGACAGAAAGGGCAGAGAUGAUGCAUAAUUUUAAUAAAGGAAACAAAGGGAGAUUUGCUUGGGAUCUCUUGGUUUUCUGAAAGGCUGACAUAUAAUUCCUGGUAUCUCAGAAUCUGUUGCUUUUGUCUGACUCCGUGGAGGACUUUGUUUCUGACCAAAAGGGCUAAAGAAGCUUGUGUAAACCUGCUGCUGGACCAUUUAGAGAAUGGGUGUGGGGUCAGGAACUUAGAAACAUGCAAUCACUUAACCUUCAGGUGGCAUGUUGCAUACAUCACAAUAAUUGUCGAGCUGGAGUAGCAGAGCAAGUGGGCAUCCCAGCAUGCUGGAGGCUAAAUCAGGAAGGUCAUGAAUUCAAGGCCAGCCUGGGCUGCAGACAAAGAACCUGUCUUUAAAUAAAGACAAAACAUGGAAAAAAAAAGUUGCUGUCAAAUGAAGACUACUCCCAUAUUCCCAAUAUCCAGGA